AUGGACGUUAUUUCAUAUUUAUUGGGAAUAGUUGCGAUUACUUUAUCUGUUGUGGUAUGUGAUCUCCUGUACAAGGACUACAACUUUGACCAGAAGUUUUCUUUGUCGACGUCUAGCAGCUCUGGUUUGAAUCUCACAGCCACUGGUGUGAAGAUCAAUGAAGACUUCAUUGGUGAUAUACGGACACAGCAUAAAAGUGGUAGAACCACUGUUGAUGUCAUAAUUGAUAGUGAUUCUAAAGUGUCAACCACAGUCACUGUUGAUGAAGCGCUAACUGGUCUGAAGACCUCAUUCGCCUUCAAGGUUCCAGAUCACAAGUCUGGAAAGCUUGAUCUGCAAUAUGCCCACAACCGUUUUUCAUUGAAUUCGACCAUUGGUUUGACAUCAACACCUUUGGUUGAGCUGGCUGCAACUGUCGGCACAAGUGAACUUACCAUUGGUGCUGAGGUUGGGUUUGACAGUACUUCAGCUGCUGUUACUAAGUACAACUCAGGGAUUGGAUACAACAAGUCCGAUUUCUCUGCUUCCUUACUACUGGCUGAUAAAAGGGAGACUUUGAAGGCAUCUUACAUUCAUUUGUUCAAUCCAACCAAUGGAGCUACAGUGGCAGCUGAGGUAACACACAAGUUCAAAACCAAGGAGAACUAUUUCACAAUUGGGAGCUCCCAUGCCCUUGAUCCUUCAACAUUGCUAAAGACGCAAUUCAGCAACUCCGGGAAGGUCGGUCUUCUCUGUCAGCAUGAGUGGAGGCCAAAGUCCCUUGUGACUCUUUCAGCUGAGUAUGAUCCAAAGGUGGUAAGUGCGCCUUCAAGAAUCGGUGUGGCCAUAUUGCUCAAGCCUUGA